CCGGGGACCGGCCCCGAGGCGCAGGAUGGAGGAGGAGAUGCAGCCGGCGGAGGAGGGGCCCAGCGUCCCCAAAAUCUACAAGCAGCGCAGCCCCUACAGCGUCCUCAAGACGUUCCCCAGCAAGAGACCGGCGCUGGCCAAGCGCUACGACAGACCCACCCUGGUGGAGCUGCCGCACGUCCGGCCGCCGCCGCCGCCCCCGCCGCCUUUCGCGCCGCACGCCGCCGUCUCCAUCAGCAGCAGCGAGCCGCCGCCGCCGCAGCAGUUCCAGGCGCAGAGCACCUACCCCGCCGGGCCCGGCCGGGCAGCCGCCGCCGCGUCGUCGUCGUCUCCAUCGUGCACGCCCGCCGCGUCCCAGGGCCACCUGAGGACUCCGGCGCCGCCGCCGGCGUCCCCCGCCGCCUCAUCAUCCUCGUCCUUCGCCGCCGUCGUCAGGUAUGGCCCGGGCCCGGCGGCCGCCGCGGGCAGCAGCAGCGCGGGCAGCGACGGCGCCAGCCUGGAGCUCAGCGCAGCUUCAUCUUCUAAUAGGAGGAGCCUCACAUACACACGAAUGGAUGCCCCCGUCCAAACUUCCAGGCUCUGGCACCAUGGUCUAUCCUUGGGAGAAUGGCUCAGGGAAGAGUCCAGCACAGGCCCUCGAAGCAGUUUAAAGAGUCGUAUGAUCUUGGAUGCCUUUGCCCAGCAAUGCAGUCGAGUUCUUAGUCUCUUAAAUUGUGGAGGAAAACUACUGGACUCCAACCAUUCUCAAUCCAUGAUUUCUUGUGUCAAGCAGGAAGGCUCGAGUUAUACUGAGAGACAGGAACAGUGUCACGUCGGGAAAGGGGUCCACAGUCAGACGUCAGAUAAUGUAGACAUAGACAUGCAAUAUAUGCAAAGGAAACAACAAACUUCUGCCUUUUUGAGGGUUUUCACUGACUCCCUACAAAAUUACCUGCUCUCGGGGAGCUUUCCAACUCCAAACACCUCAUCAGUCAGUGAGUAUGGCCACCUGGCCGACGUGGAUCCUCUGUCAACCUCCCCCGUGCAUACACUAGGUGGCUGGACCUCCCCGGCGACAUCCGAAUCCCAUGGUCACCCGUCCUCUUCUACACUGCCCGAGGAGGAAGAGGAGGAGGAAGAGGAAGGCUACUGUCCUAGAUGCCAAGAGCUGGAGCAGGAGGUUAUUUCACUGCAACAAGAAAAUGAAGAGCUCAGACGGAAAUUAGAGAGCAUCCCAGUGCCCUGCCAGACCGUUCUGGAUUAUUUGAAGACUGUGCUGCAGCAUCACAACCAGCUCCUGAUCCCCCAGCCAGCCGACCAGCCCGCCGAGGGAAGCAAGCAGCUGUUGAACAACUAUCCUGUCUACAUAACGAGCAAACAGUGGGACGAGGCGGUAAAUUCUUCAAAGAAAGAUGGGAGACGGCUCCUUCGAUACCUCAUCAGAUUUGUUUUCACAACCGAUGAGCUUAAGUACUCAUGCGGCCUUGGGAAAAGGAAAAGGUCAGUGCAGUCAGGAGAGACAGGUCCUGAAAGACGCCCUCUGGAUCCAGUUAAAGUAACAUGCCUCCGAGAAUUCAUUAGGAUGCACUGUACCUCCAACCCCGACUGGUGGAUGCCCUCUGAGGAACAAAUAAACAAAGUGUUCAGCGACGCUGUGGGUCAUGCCCGGCAGGGGCGGGCAGUAGGGACUUUCCUGCACAACGGUGGCUCGUUUUAUGAAGGGAUCGAUCACCAGGCUUCCCAGGAUGAGGUCUUCAAUAAAAAUUCCCAGGAUGGGUCUGGGGAUUAGUGGACAAAAUCUUUACACUGUAGUAGCUGGUCCUCCGAAGAGUUCCAGUUGUCAAUGUCCUGUUAUCAUCACCUGAGAGUCCAAAGCAUGUCCUCCUGUCAGACUUGCCACAUCCCUAACCUUAACUCUCUUGACCUACUGCCACACUUCCCAAAUAGAAAUCCAUUUUAGGGUUAUUUGGGAAGUCUCUGGAACCUGCAACAGACUUUCGGGAUAUUAUAGAAAGAAACAAACGAGAUUUGGAAUUAUUACUAGCUAGACAGUGGAGGUAAAAAGAAUAGGUGAGCUCCUGGUCAGCUGUCUGAAAUCUUCAAGUAAGUGCUGCUUCCUGAGCAGAGCUGGUCCUCACAGAAGAUUGAGUUAGAGUCCCUGCCCAUGAGAGGAGGUAGAGACAUGGAGUUAUUUUAAGGGACAAUGAACAAACAUUCUCUUACUUUAAUUCAAAUUAGUUGUCUAUAGUUUACAAAGACUUGAAUUCAUACUUCUCAGCGAAGACCUAGGUUAGGUGACAUUGUAUGCUGUUUCUACCUUGAUAAAGCCUAUAUUAAAAACAAGCCAGAGAAAAGGCACUGCCAGACAAUGAUUAACUGGAAAUCAGCUGGGUUCUUUUUUAGUUAUUUUAACCCCCUAAAAUUCUACCAUGUUGAUUAGAAAGGCACUACAUGAUCUCUGGGGUUUACAAACAGCAAGCUUUCAUUAUUAUGUCAGUCAAGAAACCUCCAGGAUCCAAAACCCCUUCAAAUGCUUAAUUUUGUGGGUUCAUAGACCCACAGUUUCCAUGGCCUUAACUCAGGUUCUGUUGACACAUUGCCAGAGUGAUGGGCUGAGCGAUGAGAAUUUCAAUCAAUUAGUUGUUUGGUGCACUGAAGAGCAAACAAGUGGUGUGACUGAUGGGACUCACUGAAUUGACCAGAUGUUCUGGAAUUAUAUACACACAGCUUCGAGGCCGUUCUGACAGCUAUGCAAUAGGCUUGUCUGUAAUUUCUCUGAAAUGUGAGGGUCUCUCUGUGCUGAGUUGAUCUUUACAGUUUGCACCAAACUUUUGUUACUUGUUGUCACCGAUGAAAAUGUUUCGUCCCAAUGUUUUGUGCCUCCUUCCCACUCAGUGUUCCCUUGAGCGACAAGCUCUGGCUAAGUUAACACUAAAGCACUCCCACUUGUGUUCCCCUGUUUAAUUUGUUGAGCUCCUUCUGGGAAAUUAGUACUGUCUUUGAGAGCAUUCCUUACCUAUAAAUACUGUGGAGGUGCUAGAAUCUUUCUGAGGGCUUCAUAUUUGGAUGGCAGGAGAGGCUUCCUCCAUCACACAGAUCCAAUGGUUACAUUCUUUGUAGAGUAUAGGGCUACAUGGGCAGAAGUUACUGCAGGUUAUUAAUGUCCUCUACAAACACGACUAAGGGCUUUGAAAAUGGGUUGGAAAUUCACUGAAAGUUUAUGAGCAUCCAUUUAUAAAGAGGAGGUUUUUGUGACCAUUUUCUGUGAGACAGUAAGUUACCCUUUAUGCUCAGUACUUAGCACCAGCUAUAUGCACGGCCCUGGAAACGGUCCUUCUUUAGCUUUUGUUAUGAUUCUUAGUUUCAUCCAUUAAAAACUUUAGUGUUUAUAGAGCUGGUUCUUUGUCAGAUCUGUUCAGUGGUGUGGGGAGAACUAAUAUUUCAAUCCCGUUUUGGACAAGUUAGCUAACAUUUGUAAGUAAAAGAAAUGAUAAGGGCAAAUGUGAUGUUGGUUGGGAACCAGGGAACGACUGUUCUUUGGCCAUCCACGGAAGAAAGAGACUUUUUGAAAAAAAGUUUUUAGAGGUCUGAGAAGUCCACGCCUUACAAGAUUCUUUGGUGAGAGGAAAUCUUGGCCAGAACAAAAUUACUAUCUGUAUUUCCAACUUACCUUUGCUUUUUUGCAUUAGGUUUCAGUUACCCUUAGUGCUGAGUUCAAUGUCCUUUUUUUCCUUUAGCAAUAAUAUUUGACUACUGCUUUAGAAAAAACUCCAACUCAUACGUUUUCUUGCAAGCUUCAGAAUUCGGCAUGUCUUCACAUCUGCCCAUCAUGGUGGAGCUCUGUGUCAUGCUGGUCUUGAGUGUGGGUGAUGAGGAGAGCCUCUCUGCCCUCACUCUCUGUAGCCUUGCAUGUUGAUGUGUUUAAAGAUGAAGGACUCGCACCACUGCUGUGAGAGAGCGUGACGGGAACUUUCUGUUUGGCUGUAAUUAUCAUCACCCGAGAAGGCUACUGGGUAGCUCUGCUCCCAAGCUACAUGGUUGCUCACAGCCUUUGCUCCACAGGCACACCUGGUCUCCCUUCCCACCAUCCCAGGUGGAUUAUUUGUCUAUCAGCUGUUUUCCAGUACUUCACGGAUUCCAAAGUAUUGGAACUACAUGUUGGCCAUCUCUUACGCGCAUGGGGAAACCAAGUCCCAGAAAGAUGAGUGGCUUACUCACAUCACACAGCCAGUUGUAAUGCUUCUCCCGGGCCUGGUACCUAAGAGUAUGUGCCCCGAAUCAGGUGUCUCACUACAUCCUUCACCCGCUAGCUGUGUUCCUUUAGCCAGAUGCUGAUGGUCACUUGGGCUGUGGCACAGCAUCUGCUUGGAUAUUCUGCCAUGUCCUCUCCUUCAAGUCUGGUCCAUGCCACCAUUUGAGCUUUAAGGCUGCUAUGUUAACCUGCUUCAUGGUGGUUGCCUGCAUGGUCACCCGAUUUGUAAAUCAGGGCUUGCAAACGAUGUUCACUUAUUUUUGUAAGACCAAUGUGGCCUCUGUGGAGCCAGAUUUUAAAAGCUCACCACCAAGAACUCACUGCUCUGUCUUUCUAUUGAUCUCUUUGAAGUCCUUAAGAUGUUGCUUAUUUUCUUGAGUUGGAUUUUCUACAUGUCUGGCAAUUGGACCGAUUGCUUUCAUGGAUAGAAACUUAGUCUCAUGUCAGCUUUUGGAACCCUCCUUGAGUCAUUCUGUUGUUGGUGUAAAAUGGAUUGAGUGAAAACAGCUCAGGAUGCAGCUAUGCUCCACUUCCUUGAUGACAGAAGGAGGUCACAGGGCUGGCCUGACAAGAAAGACUAAACUUGGCAUUUUUAUCAGUACUAGCUGUAGCCCCUAAUCCCAGCUAUCAGAGGAGUCCUCAACAGUGACAGUGUCUUAAUGUGUCGUGUUUUCCCAAAUUAAAAUCCUGUGACAAAGAGUAUAUGCCUACUUUUCAAACUGACCUGGAGCCCCAGAUGCAGUUCUGCUGGGCUCAGGAUAACCUCAGUGAUCCCCAUCAGAGGAUGUAGGCCCGGAACCCAUGGAGGGGAACUUUGUGUGAGCACUUUUACUAGAGGCACGUUUCUCACAGUGUCUUCGAGAUGCGCUGUUCACAAUCUCCCCAUGCUAAAUGCUUUGAAGGAAAUCUGUAAAGAUUAAAGUUUGUACUUUUUACUUGAAAAUAUUACAUCCAGCCCUUGACCCUGGGCAUCUCUCUGUUACACCCCCAGUUUCCACCUCAGGAUUUAGGUUACUGUCACCAUUUGUGUAAGGUUUCACCAGGAAUGUAGGAGGGUAAUGACAAUGUCCGCAAAAAAUUGCUGCCCUUUCCUUUGGUAACUGUUUCACAGCUGUAGAGCAAGUAAGUGAAUUUAUAUUCUGGGUCUUUCUUGGCUCUUCAUCAGUUAUAAAUACAUUGACUAAAAGAUUUAUCAGGAUUAUAGGGGUAUAAAGUGUCACGAUGUAUUAUUUGGUCCGACUACCCCACGUGUCAGAUGUGGAUAGAAUGGUUUUUAAAGUCCAGUAGCUAUUCCUGUAAUAUCCAGAGUCUAGACGAUAAUCCAAACUUGGAUUUCUCCAUUUUCCUGCCACCUUUAAUGUCUUGUCCUCCCUUCUGUUGCUCUCAGAAAAUGGAGGGAGCGUCCUGCGAGAUGAAACAGGCACUAUUUUCAGAAAAGCAAACAUACAUUUGCUCUCAUUUGGAUUCUGUCAAACCCGUGCUCUAGAAUCUAAACCCAAUACCCAUUCACUACCUCCUUUGUUUUUUCUUAGAUUUCAGUCAUUUGUUAAAAUCCCAUUCUUGGGUAACUUUAUUUUUAGGAAAUACUUAAACGUAACUUUUCUCAUUCAGUGCUAUGUCGUUUGACAGUGCAGAUCUGUAAUUUUUGACAGCUCUUACAUACCAAUUUCUAGAAAUAUAAUAGAGAAUGAUUUUGCACAUAUGGUGCCAGUCUUGCUGGUGUAUGUUUAAUGUGGCGACACUUGCCGUAGCUGCCUGGCAAAACAUGUCAACUAGAACGCUUGAGUCAGAACUCUAAUGUAAAUGUGUCUAAACAGCGGUAUGUAUCGCCAUGGUAUAUUAUUGUAAACACAGUGAUGGCUUCUUUCAGUCAUAUAACGACUGAAUGAAGAUCUCUUCCCUUGGAAUAACUUGGAAUAAUCUCUUGGAAUAAUAGGAAAAUGUUACCCAGCUGAGGGCCCUCUGCAAAGUUACGCGCAUUGGCAGCCAAUGGCAUUGGGUCUUCUAUUUAGGUUGUUUUUUUAGAGAGUGAAGGAUUGACACCAGUGUGAAGUGCAAAAGUAACGACCCGUCAGUACGUGCCUCUUGGUGUGUAAAAUUCAAAACCAUAACUGAUAAUAUCUAUGCAUUAGAGACCACUUUUACCCUCUACAGUGUAUUCAGUUGCAAGAAGCAUUGAGAGGACUGAACUCUGUCCAGGUCGCCUAAUGACCAGCUUGGUUAGUUUGGCUGUUGAACCACUAAAUUACCAAAUCUUUGUGGUAAAAUGGCCACAUUCAUUUUCCUCGUGACCAUCCAUCGUUGGCUGAUACAAGGUCUAGGUGUUUAUGAAUCACAAUUCCCCAAAUUGUAAUGAAAAUCUAUCUGCUGAGAAGACUCAUUAAAAAACCUGUUCAUUUUCAGAAUAAUUGCCACAGUAUAAAUGGCCACGUGGGUCUUGGCCACGUUGGAAAACUAUUUAGGCUCAUCCCAAACCACUAACAACAACAGCAGUAACUACAACUGAUACUCAUUGAGUUCUUGUGCGCCAGGUACUCACUAAGCACUUUAAUGCAUUCUCUCCUUUUAACCCUCCUGACCAUCCUCUGAGGCUGUAAGUUCCUGUUAUUAUCCCAGUGUAUUGAUAAGGACACUGUUCAAGGUACUCAGCUAAUAAGAGGAUCACUUUGGGCUUAGUAACAAGCAGGGUGACUACUUCAGUUUUCUCCAGUAGUCAAAGUCAAGUUCUCAGAUCCCAUCAACACUUUGGGAUGGAUUUUGUUUAAUUUAUGGCAUCAAGGGAAAGAUGAUAUUUGUGUUCUUAAAAACCACCUUUAAAAUACAUUGAUGCUUAAAUAGGAACUUAUAAACCAUAUAUCCUCUGGUAACUUCCCAGGUUUCUGCAUAAGACAUGACUUACAUAAGAUUCCAUGUUAAAGACUAGAAAAAAUUUUUAAGUAGUGAAUAAAUUAAAAUUGCUACUUUGUUCACAUCUGCUUUGUAGAUUUCCUGUACAAAAAUGCAGGGAUAUAAAAGCAAAAAUUUGAACUCAGUGAAGUGAUACUCUUUGGGAACUCCUAAAUGUUAGAAAUGACACUGGGCAUCAGUGAGCUAAUGUUUCAUUCGCUUUUCACAUUUGUUGUAUUUGUAGCCUUAGAUUGAUGAGUCUGGUUUGGAAGAGAGGGAUUUAAUUUACAAUUUCACUGUGAGAACUGUUGUGAAGAUUUUGUAGGAAAAUACAGUAAUCUGUCGAUUCUUUCCUGUAGUUAUGGCUUUAACAUCUCUUUGGCUGUGUUUAAGUUCAAGAGCCUGCCAAGGCCUGGCUUGUGUUUCUUGGGAACAGGGCAUGCCAGACCGUGUGAUGGGUCCUGAAACUGUUGAGGUCACUGGUCCAGCCUGCCCUUGCCCAGUGUAAGCACUGCCUCUGUGUCUCUCCUCUCUGGAACUUCAUGUAGCAGCCUAACACUGGGGCCAACUUGCCUUUACUCUAUUUUCUAUGAUGAACACUUGUGGAGAAACUGUGACAAAUCCAUUGAUCCUAAUAUUUUUAUUGUUGGAGUCUUGUUGAUUCUCUAUGAAUAAUUUCUAUUGGGUUGUACUGUGUAGAAUUAAUACCCACUAGGGAUAUGUUAAUAAAACUAUAAAUGCAUAGUGUAAUAUAGACUAGCAAGAAUUUUUUGUGAACAAUUUAUAUAGAAAAGUAAGUUGUUUUUUAAGUGUUAGGCACAUUUCUUUUAGGAACUUAAAAUGUUAUAAGAGUUUUUUAAACAUUCAAUAUUUUUAAUUAUAAGAAACAUUUGUUACUAGAGCCAAUUAUUUCAGGUGUUCUAAUUGGAGUAUUGAUUUUAUGACCUCAUAUACCUCUAGAAUGCCACAUGUUCUGUUGGAGAUAAAAUUGCACAAUAAAUGUCAAGUCUCUGUUA